UGGAGGAGGAGGAGGAGGAGGAGGAGGCGGCGAGAAGAUGGCGACUUCGAACAAUCCGCGGAAAUUUAGCGAGAAGAUCGCACUGCACAACCAGAAGCAGGCGGAGGAGACGGCGGCCUUCGAGGAGGUCAUGAAGGACCUGAGCCUGACGCGGGCCGCGCGGCUUCAACUGCAGAAGUCCCAGUACCUGCAGCUGGGCCCCAGCCGUGGCCAGUACUAUGGCGGGUCCCUGCCCAAUGUCAAUCAGAUUGGAAGCAGCAGCAUGGACCUCUCCUUCCAGACCCCAUUUCAGUCCUCAGGCCUGGACACGAGUCGGACCACACGGCAUCAUGGGCUCGUGGACAGAGUGUACCGUGAGCGGGGCAGGCUUGGCUCCCCGCACCGCCGGCCCCUGUCAGUAGACAAGCAUGGGCGGCAGGCUGACAGCUGUCCGUAUGGCACGGUGUACCUCUCGCCUCCUGCGGACACCAGCUGGAGAAGGACCAACUCUGACUCUGCCCUGCACCAGAGCACAAUGGCGCCCACCCAGGCAGACUCCUUCACAGGCGGGUCCCAGGAUGCGCACCAGAAGAGAGUCUUACUGCUCACUGUCCCAGGAAUGGAGGGGAGCGGGACCGAACCGGACAAGACCCUGUCGAAGCAGUCGUGGGACUCAAAGAAGGCGGGUUCCCGGCCCAAGUCAUGUGAGGUCCCCGGAAUCAACCCUGCACCUGUGGGCCCAGUAGGCCGUGAGCACACCGCCAGAGGCAUCUUUCCAUCUGCAGACCAGGAGAACACAACAGCCCUGAUCCCUGCUACCCACAACACAGGGGGCUCCCUUCCUGACCUCACAAACAUCCACUUCCCCUCCCCCCUCCCGACACCGCUGGACCCUGAGGAGCCUCCGUUCCCUGCUCUCAGCAGCUCCAGCAGCACCGGCAGCCUUGCACAUCUGGGCGUUGGCGGCACAGGCCAGGGUGUGAACACCCCCAGCUCUUCCCCGCAGCACCGGCCAGCAGUCGUCAGCCCCCUGUCCCUGAGCACAGAGGCCAGGCGGCAGCAGGCCCAGCAGAUGUCACCCACCCUCUCUCCGCUGUCACCCAUCACUCAGGCCGUGGCCAUGGAUGCCCUGUCUUUGGAGCAGCAGCUGCCCUAUGCCUUCUUUACCCAAGCGGGCUCCCAGCAGCCGCCCCCCCAGCCCCAGCCGCCGCCUCCACCUCCGCCGGUGUCCCAGCAGCAGCCACCGCCCCCACAGGUGUCUGUGGGCCUCCCCCAGGGUGGCCCGCUGCUGCCCAGUGCCAGCCUAGCUCGGGGGCCCCAGCUGCCGCCACUCUCAGUCACCGUGCCGUCCACUCUCCCCCAGUCCCCUACAGAGAGCCCAGGCCAGCCGCCAAUGGGGAUCGAUGCCACCUCGGCACCGGCUCUGCAGUACCGCACAAGUGCAGGGUCGCCUGCCACCCAGUCUCCCACCUCUCCAGUCUCCAACCAAGGUUUCUCCCCCGGAAGUUCCCCACAGCACACGUCCACCCUGGGCAGCGUGUUUGGGGAUGCGUACUAUGAGCAGCAGAUGACAGCCAGGCAGGCCAAUGCUCUGUCCCGCCAGCUAGAGCAGUUCAACAUGGUGGAGAGCGCCAUCAGCUCCAGCAGCCUGUACAACCCGGGCUCCACACUCAACUACGCCCAGGCUGCCAUGAUGGGUCUGAGCGGGAGCCACGGGGCCCUACAGGACCCGCAGCAGCUCGGCUACACAGGCCACGGCGGAAUCCCCAACAUCAUCCUCACGGUGACAGGAGAGUCACCGCCGAGCCUCUCUAAGGAACUGAGCAGCACACUGGCAGGGGUCGGUGACAUCAGCUUUGAUUCGGACCACCAGUUUCCACUGGACGAGCUGAAGAUUGAUCCUCUGACCCUAGACGGACUUCAUAUGUUGAAUGACCCUGACAUGGUCUUAGCCGACCCAGCCACCGAGGACACCUUCCGAAUGGACCGCCUGUGAGUGGCUGUGCCCGCCACCUGCUGCUGGUCAGUCUCCAACGGCGCUGCCCCAAACCUGGGGACAGCAAUGCUGUCCCCUUUGCCAACGGCCAAGCUUGUGGUUCUGAGCUUGCAAUGCUGCCCAGCGCCCCCUGCCAGCCGCCACCCCGGUUGGUCACCUCCUACGAUGCCUGGCGUGAGGCCGUUGUGUACUAGGCUGGCUAUCUGUCUGUCCAUCCACCCACCUGGGGCCAGGCUGAUCGCCGAGGGAGGCUAUGAGUGGCUGGCCCCCGGACAUUCCCCAGGCUCGCUCCUUCGCCCCUCACUCAGGAUGUGAGAGCCCUCAUCGGUGGCCACUUCCAGGACACCCAAAGUGUCACUCCCUCCCAGAUGUGCCGCGAGAGGAGGGCGGGCGAGGCGGGGAGCACCCCAGAGGCUGAGGUGCGCCAUCCAGUCGACUGUUUUCAGCUGUCACUGCCUUCCUCCAUCCCUGUGCCCCCCACCGCCAUCCCCAGCCAUGGUCGGGUCAUUCCUGCCCUCUGUGCCCAGGGCAGAGCGAAGGGCAGACCUGGGCCAGAAUAAACACUGUUCGGAUGGCUGCCUUUCAUAUUCCUGAGCGCUCUCGGAGCCUGGCAAGCGUCCUGUGGCCGAACGUGGUCUGGACAGAGCCCACUAGAAGCAGCCGUGCCCCUCCUUGGCCCCCUCUCACCACCCUUGCCUCCUGCUGGGCGGUGGUGAGCAUGGUGCAGGGACGGAAGGUCACGGGCCACCUGUGCAUCCUCCUCCCAUGGCCAGUCCCUACUGCUACUUAGGAUGUGGGGCUCGAGCGGCAGCAGCCCUGGUGGGCUCUGCUUUUCCUGCAGUUUCUGUUGGCAUUUGGUAGCUGACCCUCCAGACUUGCCUGGCAGCAUGUGUUAACUAACCCCCAGUCCCUCCUUGACCUUUUUAAAAAGUUAACUGGAACACUAGCCUGAAGCACUCGCAAGCUGGGGCACCUGCUGCUCGCGCACACCCGGGCUCCCCGGCGGGCGCUUAGCCUCAGCUCCAGAGAGCUGCUGGGCGAGCAGCGUGCGCUGGAUGCAAGGUCCUGGUGGCGGCGUGUGUCUGCAAGAACCGCAGGACAGAUUGUGGGAACAGACCUUGACUUUGAUUGGGGCCUCUUCCCUCUGAGGGUCUCUAAGGCGCCUGCCCGGCCUUAGCAGGUGGCUGACACCUGCUGGCGUCUCUAGGCUAAGAUUCCUUGUGAUAAGUGGAGGCUGUGGGCCUGGCUUGUCUUUUCUGGGCCACUUUUGGCUGCAAGCUCUGAUCCCACCACCCCAAGGCAUAGCUUGACAUGUCCCCUGCCUCUGCCCCAUAGCCGCUGCCUGGGCUUGGCCAUUUCUCUGUGGUGUUACCACUGCCCGUGCCGGGGUUGGGAAGCACACGAGCCGUGUGCGUCUUUCCCCAAGCAGCGAGGUGGCUGCCUGCCUGAGAAAGCUGCUGCCCUUGCGUCACCAUCCCCUCCCCUGGACUGGAGGAGGCAGCUUUGGUUUGUCCAGUUCACCUGUCCAGGUCUCAGGCCUUUCUAUCACCAUGGUGCGGGCUUGAGGAGAAUAAUGGGAACAUUAUUAUUAUUAUUAUUACUAUUGUUAUUAAACAUGCAUGGUGGCACACACUUGUCACCCCAGCACUGGAGGAUAUCAAAGCCAGCCUGAGCUCCAUGAGACCCUGUCUUAAAAAACCAAAAGAGAAAGUACACGUGAAAGGGGUGUGAGUCUCUUCAAAUUGUAGAAGUCUGAACAAACGGCUUUAACAAGGCAGAGAGGCUGAUGUAGUUCCCACGCAAAGGUCUGCUUCCCUGGAACCAGUCACUGGCCUUGCAAGUUCUCCGUGAGCCAGGGCAGGACCGACCCGGCCCAUGGCCCUCCUAAGCUGGCGGCCCGGCUUUCAGUGCCCUGCAGCCAAGAGUGCAUGUAGCUGUGUUACUGUGACUAGUUCAUUGCCAAGUUCUGUGAUGAGGUGCUAUGCCCCUGCCUCAGCACCCCAGGCAGCUGUGAGCAUCUCAUGAGCCCUCUUGCCCAGCCAGGGGCCAGCACUCGGGGGCAUGCAUGUUCCGGAAGGGUUCGCCCUCCCCUCCCCUGGGCCUAACUGCUGUCAGGGGGACUCCUGGGAGGCAUCUUUGUUUUCUAGAUGUCCAAUAAUACCCCUGUAUUGCCAAGACAUCCCAAGAUGAUAGCUCAGGGCUGUGGGGACCUCAGCUGGUGACAUGCAUAUACUGUGACCUGUUGAGCUGUGCUGGGAGCAGCCCCCUUGCAGCGUGUACAUAGACCCUCUGCCCACAGCCGUGGCUCACUCUCAGGACAGGCUUAGACACCCAGGCCUGGCCUUUCUCCCGCCACCUUAUCUAUGUGUCUCCGCCUUCAGCCAAGUCCCUCAGCCAGGUGGCUGUCCAACUCACUUCCCUGAAUCAGAAACAAGACUGUGGCAUCUUGAUAACACUAUGCCCAGCUGCCUCAGUUUACCUUACCCUUUCAAGGCUUCUGGGGCAGUAGUUAUCUACCCAAAGCCCCCCCACAGAACAACAGUACAGCUGGACCUAGCCCCUCUCUGUUCUAACAAAGAAGUGGCUUGUCCCCUCGACCCAAGGCCCUGUCAUGUCCUCUGCAGUGCUGCUCUGUGAAAUCUGUUGGUACUUAGCCCGGCCGGCAGCUCUUUGGAGAGGACUCUUAGACAGGGGAGCCCCCUAGCGAGACCCAUAUGCUACUGCACACCACACAAGGACAGCUGACAACUGUCACACAGGGCCUGAGGGGACCAGCAGACUGGUCAGGACAAGAGUGGGCAAAAGGCACAGGGGUGGCAACCCUGCACCCAUGUCGGCUGCCGUUCUCCUCACAGUGGGCUGAGAGCUGCUUCAUCUCUUUCUGAGUUUUCUGAUUUUGCAAAGAAGAUUCAGCCCAGGCUGCGAGGGCUGCUGCUCUCAGGGUCUUGAUGGAGUUGUGUGCACAGGCAUGGGGCUGUAUAGUUGAUGGAGUCGUGUGCACAGGCCCAUGGGGCUGUAUAGUUGAUGGAGUCGUGUGCACAGGCCCAUGGGGCUGUAUAGUUGAUGGAGUUGUGUGCACAGGCUGUAUAGUUGAUGGAGUUGUGUGCACAGGCUGUAUAGUUGUGCCCUACUUCUGGCUGUUGUCCCUCAAGAGCCGUCCAGGAGAGGGCACCGUGGUGCGGUCUACCCCAUGUGGCCUGCCUCCAGUGUGGUGGUGUGGCCCUUUUUACACCCCUUCCACCUCUGGCUCCCAGGGGACCCUCUUCCUUCAGGGAUCUAGUGGGUGAUUUGGAGACCCUGAUUUCUGUCUCAGGCAUGGCUCUCAGAGUGGUACAAGUGUGUGCCACCCAUUGGCCAUAGCCACAUCUCCUUGUCAAGGCAGAAGAUGGAGGGACUUGUGUCCUCUCGAGCCUGGGUGCUGGGGUACUCCCAAGGCCAUGGGGUGCCCCGAACCUCAGUUUUCCUCUUUCUCAACCCUGCUGGGCUCAGGGACCCAACCUCCUGGGCAGGGUGAGGGCAGCCGCAGAGCCCACGGUGGCACCAGCUACCCCUGCACUCAGCCUUCCCUGGGCUAGGGUCCAUCACAUGGUACGGUCUUGCCCUGUCUCUUGGGCUCUAGAAUUUCAGGGUGACCCAGGCCUAGCCUAAUCCAACCCAGCAGUUCUGAUCACAGGGGGCACGAGGACAGACAGGGUGUGGCCUUAAAGCCAGAGGCCAGGCUCUGUUUCUCAGGCCCCGUCUCACCCCUUAGUUGGAAACAGGAUGCCAUGGGCUGGGCAGCCCCUUUGAUAUAUGCAAAUGGAUGAUCCCACAUUCCCCUCCCCGUGCCCAGGCUGGCCCUGCCCCCCGCAUGCGCACUCCGCUGCGGAAGUCUGUGGACCGUGCACACGGCCACCGCAGUUGGGGGUCAGGUUGCUCAGGGCACGCACGGCCGCCCGCCCGCCCGCCCCACCUUCUGGCGCAGAGGCUUCUUUGUAUGUUUGCGCCCUUUGUAAUGAAAUGUAAUAAAAACCCAAGGUUUUCGUC